ACAUGGAACGGUGAGUAAGUUGCAAUGGACAAAUAUAAUAAGGUAUUAGUAAAAAUGGGGAGGGGGAAAGUGGAGCUGAAGAGAAUAGAUAACCCAACAAGCAGACAUGUGACCUUCUCCAAACGAAGAAAUGGACUGCUGAAGAAGGCUUUUGAGCUCUCUAUCCUCUGCGAUGCUGAAGUUGCCGUCAUCGUCUUCUCUCACUCUGGCAAGGCCUACGAAUUUGCAAGCCACGACAUAAAUAGGACCAUUGCCAUGUAUAGACGUGAAGUAGGGUUGCCUGAACCAAACAACUCAACCUUCAGAAGGGCCAGAACCAUGGAGUAUUGGAGGAAUGAAACCGAAGAGUUAAGAAGAUCAAUACAAAACCUCGAAAUGCGGCUGAAGCACUUGGCUGGAGAGGAGCUAUCAACGCUUGGUAUGCAAGAAUUAAAGCAAUUGGAAAGACAGUUAAAAACUGGGGUUGAACGCAUCCGCUCUAAAUCGAGACAGAUCAUUUCGGAGAACGUCAACUUGCUGAAAAGAAAGCAUAAAGAAUUGCGAGAAGAAAACAAGCGUCUGCAAAAAAGAGUUAAGUUGCAGGAGUUUCAUUUUGCUGAUGUCACCUCGUCGACCUCGACAACUACUUUGGGAGCAAAUGCAUGCAUGAGUGCAUUUCCAAGGGUUAUGUUCUCGCAGCAACACCAGCUGCUGCCCAAUUAAUUUGAAAAAGCUGCUUAUAUAUAAUUAGUGGCUCCAGCUUUUGCUGUUGUGAGGGACUGCGAUCAUAGCUUUUGCUGUUGUGUGUUUCUAAUUUCUUGUGUACGAACUAUAUGAAGUUCGUGGAAAUUAAUGUACAUUGUAUGAUGUUGUGGAUCGACGUUAUGCAUAAGUUUCUAUCCAUUUAAACGAUGAUAAAAAGGAAUAUUUCUUUGCCUACGUA